ACCAAAACCACAGGUACGUAAGUAGUAGUCCGAACGUAAACGUAGUAGGAGCAGCCAAAGCCAUGGCUGUCGCGGCUCACCGUCGUGGCGCACUGGCGGUGGCGCUGGUGGCGUUGAUGGCGGCAGUCGGUCCGGCGGGCGCGGACUACGCGGCGGACAGCAAGCUGUGCGCGGACAAGCUGGCCGUGCUGGCGACGUGCCUGCCGUUCGUUGAGGCGACGGCGACGGCGCGCGCGCCGACGCCGGACUGCUGCGUCGGGCUCCGGGAGGUCCUGGGCGGCAGCAAGACGUGCCUGUGCGUGCUGAUCAAGGACCGCGACGACCCGGCCCUCGGGAUCAAGGCCAACGUCACCCGCGCCAUGGACCUCCCCUCCGCCUGCUCCGUCCCCGCCGUCCUCUCCGACUGCCCCAAGCUUCUUCACAUCUCGCCGGACUCCAAGGAGGCGGACAUCUUCAAGCAGUAUGCGCUUCACAAGGGGAAGAACGCCACCGCCGUUGCAGGGACUGCCGGCGGGAAGAGCGCCGACGCGGUGUAUGGUGAAGGGAGGCACACGACGGUCGUCUUUGCCGUCGUCGUGUCGGCGCUGCUUGCCUCCCUCUUUGUUCUCGCAUGAUAAUAUGCUGGAUGCAAUGCAUCCAGAGGGAACAAGCUACGCUAGCGAGGGCCAUAAGUUUGCUGAAACAGAGGGUUUAUUGGUUGAUUGCUGUCAUGCUCUGUGUAGUGAGUGGAUUCUCAAAGGGAAAAUAAUGAUAUGUGGUGAGUAAAUCCACUGUCUGAUAAGUUGGUCUUGCAAAUUAUUCUGAACAAAAAAGAGUUAUUGUUGCAACUAGCAACUCUCCUGCCGAAAUUCGAUGUCCUAUAGUUGAUUAUGGCCGAGCUUGGGUUUCUCCCCCUUUUCAGCUGAA